ACCAUGUAUGUAGUUUAUGAAUAUAAUAUAUGUCAAAUUGCCGAUCUGGAUCGUUAAAAACAUGAACAUUAUUCCACUAUCUCGCGAGAGUUUAUUGAUUAUUGAUGUCUUUAUCAUUUCAUCAACAUCACAUCCUAUGUUGGAAAUAGCAGUAGUUAAAAUAUCACCUAUACAUUUCCAGCAAUUUCAAAUUUUGGAGAGCAUCAGUUUGGUCUCUGAAACAGAAAGAACCCUGUUGAAGUACGACAUGAACAGUAAUGUGUCGCAGGAGACAGAGACUGUGUACGUCGACAACUCCUCCAUGUUACGCAAUCUGACUGGGAACGUAACAGGCGCUGACGUGAAUGACAGUGAAACAGAGGAGAGUCUCACAACUGACUUCUGUUUACCGUGUACCGUGAACUUUCCUUACGAGUGUCCUGUUACAAUUAUAGUCUUGUUCAUCGUGUUACUUGGAAUCAUAGGAAACACAGCAGUGUUGGUAGCCAUGAAAAGACAGAGAUUGUACAAGAAGACGUCACAUAUGUGUAUUCUGAUCUUGGCGCUCAGUGACAUUUUAGCUCUUUUGGUUAACAUUGCUCGAGAGUUUGUUUUCUAUCCAAACAUAGAUUAUUUUGAUGCAGUAUAUGGCUUCCCUGAAGCAUUUUGUAUUAUUUUCUUUGUAUUGGUUUACAGUCCGUAUAUAUUUUCCAGUGUCAAUGUUGUAUUUAUGGCGUAUGAACGGUAUGUGCUCGUUACCAAUCCGCUAGUGUACCACAAAACUCACACAGCCCAGCGCGCAGCAUGUAGAGCUCUCAUCGCUCUCAUUGUUAUUCUCAUCAUCAAUCUUAUCUACGCCAUUAUUAUGUCAGAUCGUUCGGAAUGCCCAGACUAUUUACUCCAUUCGGAAUACUACGCCUUUAUUAGUGUUCCUUUAAUUGUAUUUUCCUCAUUUUUACUAAUGUUUUUCCAUUGUGUUAAGAUGGUGAAACUGUCCAAAUCACAAUCCAUGAAAGAAAGGUAUACGAUAAAUAUGAGGAAGUAUUCCCGCAUGACAAAGAUUGUUUACAUAAUCGUUAUAAUUUACAUUUUAUCACAAAUUCCAUACGUGGUCUAUGACAUCGUUUCUACAUGUGAGACUUUUGAGCUUAUCGAAUGGUCAGAGGAAAAUUAUGAAACAAUUCUGGAGGUGGGAAUAGUGAUUUUCCCAGUGAAUUAUGCGGUCAACCCAUUCAUAUAUUGGUUAACUCCUGUAAACUGGGGAUGCAGAGUCAAAUCUUCCUCCUUUACAUGCAGGACUAGCUGUCACUGUAAAUAUCCAGUUUCUGAAAAUGGUUCCAGUGCAUGAUGGUCAGCCCAAACUGUUUUGGUUGCUUGUAUUUUGAAUAGGUGUAUUAUUACAUAGCUACCUACAUGUAUUUUACUGUUUAUUGUAGCCUUGCAGCACACGUUUAAUUUUUUCUCCAGUUUUGUUACAUUUUCCCAACGUAUAUUUAAGAAUAACACAUUUCAUGAAAAGUAUGCUGUCGUGAAGCGUUGCAGUUCAUACUCUCAUGUACUCGUAAUUUUAAAAAUGAACUUUAUUUUUG